CGCCGCAAGGUCCGGCUAAACGAAAAAGAAAAACGAAGCCUUCAGCAAGGAUCCCUCCCUUUCUCGUCCGCCCGACCGACCCGACCCGACCUCAUUGUUCAAUAACCUCACACUUCCAUUCUCUUUCUUCUGCUCUGUACAUUCCGUGAAAAUGGGUUCCAAGGGAGCCCACAACAAGCUUCCUGAUUUCUACCAAAACGUCGUCGUAAUGAGGCACGGCGAUCGCAUCGAUAACUUCGAUCCUUCCUGGGUGACCAACGCAGCCCGGCCUUGGGAUCCGCCCCUCAUCCUUGAUGGCCAGAUUCGGGCUUUCGUUACGGGUCGGAAGUUCCGCCGCUUUCUCGGGUAUCCGAUCUAUCGCGUCUUCGUCUCCCCCUUCCUCCGCUGCGUCCAGACGGCUUCCGAGGUCGUUUCUUCUCUCUGCAUCCUUCACGACGAUCCCAGCAUCCUGACCGGUGAUGAUGUAACUAUCGAUUCUUCUAAAGUCAAGGUCUCUGUUGAACUUGGAUUGUGUGAGAUGAUGAGCAGAGAAGCCAUCAAUCUUGCAUUGGCUCCUAAAGAUGGAAAUUGGGGUUUUGAUGUCACAGAGCGUGAAGCAAUGCUCCCAGCUGGGACAGUGGAUAAGAAUGCAAAAAGGGUGUAUAAAGAGUUGCCCAAAUGGGAAGAGCCAUUUUUGGAUACAAGGGCUAGAUAUAAGCAAGUACUUAAGGACCUUGCGGAUAAUUAUCCUACUGAGAAUUUGCUGCUUGUCACGCGUGGGGAAGGAGUUGGAGUGGCUGUUUCUGCUUUCUUAAAUAAUGCCACGGUGUAUGAAGUAGACUAUUGUGCAUAUGUAGAACUUAAACGACCUAUUUUCAAGGAAGGUCAAUGUUUUACUACUGGAGAGUUCGAAGUGCUUACUCGUUCUGGUCAAACCGGCGUGAGUUAUAUUCUCCCAAGUGAUUAAACCAUCCACGUCAGCAAACCAUGAUAAUUACGAAGCAUAGGUUGGGACUGGAGCCUUGCUUCAUUUAUGUGGGUAAUGUCUUCUUCACUGUUGAUGCGGAUUUGUAAAACAUAACAGUAUUAGCCUUAAUUCACAUGAUCUUCUACUUCACUUACAUAGUCAAACUAGGAAAUCAUAACACGCGAUACGGCAAUAUUUUCCUGUUUUGUUCACAGUGAGUUAAGCAUAAACUUUGUUAAUUGAUUGCUGCAUUUGUUGCAAAUGUAAAAUUACUCUAUUCUAUGCUGCUGUAAGCUGAAACAGGAUUACCCUCCUUGGAUUUGGAUCUGUA